AUGUCAUCAGAAUGGAAGACAACGCGAUUUGUGAAAAACAUUUUCAUAAUCAAUUUGGCAAUAUCUGACAUGUUUGUAACAGCUAUAGCCAAUCCAAUGAGUAUUAUUGUAUUAUCAAUUGAGGGCAAUGGAAAUAUAUAUGGACGGUUUGAGUUUCUGGAAUCAAAGCCGGUUCUUGCGAUAGCAAGUUUGAUAUUUCUUUCUAUAGCGUCUGUUGUCGGCACGUUCGGAAAUAUUUUUACGCUUUUAGUGAUGGCACCAAGAUGUAAAACAAAGAGAAAUGUGGAAUACAUUUUCAUUGUCAAUUUGGCAAUAUCUGACAUCUAUGUAACAACUUUCGCUGAUCCAAUUAGUAUCAUUGCAAAGGUAGAAGGAGAAGAAUUUUUCAACCGUAUUCCAGGGUUGUGUCAGACGAUUGCCAGCUUAUGCACCGUUUCCUGUGUGACGUCACUUAUGACCAUUGGACUGAUGAGUGUCAACCGGUACGUCUUUAUCUGCGCACACGAAAAGUAUGAUCGAAUAUUCACGAAGUUGAACUGCAUCGGUAUGUGCAUAUCGCUAUAUUUUGUUGGAGGUUUACUUGUUCUGCUAAAUGCAGCGGACAUUGGCGAUCAUGGGUUUGACAGGAAAAGUCUGGAAUGUAUUUGGGACCGCAUGGCAACCUACCCAUAUACAGUAAUUUUCUCAGUAACACUGGUAUGGAUUCCCUCCAUUAUAAUUGGUGUUUGUUACUUGAAAAUAUAUUUGUAUGUCAGAGCCCAUUCGAAACGUGUUGCAGACCAAGUUCAGUCACAUUCAGUACAACCAUUAAAUAGUUUACACUUGGCAAAAACACUUUUUCUUAUAUACGCUGUAUUCAUAACAUGCUGGGUCCCAUAUGCAUUAUUGAUAGUGAUUGAUGCAGACGACAGCUUUGCACAUGAGCUUCAUCUCUAUAUUACAUUAUUUGCUCACUUGCAUCCAUCACUUAACUGGAUAAUCUACUACAUCACCAAUGCGAAGUUCGCAGACGCUUGUAAACAGUGUUUCCGCAGAAUUCGCCCGUGCCGACCAAACAGUGUUACACCGGUGGUAAAUCAUUGA